UCGUGUCUUCCGUAGCUCGGCUUGUUGCUGCUAGUGUUCUUACGGUUUUUAGAGGUGGGGUCUUUAGCUGUACCAGGAGGGAAGAUGGAGCGGGGAAGAGGAAAUUUGAGGGUGGAAGUCAUGCCCAAAUUCAAGCAACGAAGAAGAAAGCUAAAAGCCAAAGCAAAAAGAUUAUUCAAAAAAAAAGAAGCCUCUCGCUCUCAGUCCAAGCUAAUCACACCUCCCCCUCCACCACCCUCACCAGAAAAAGUGGUUAUUCCUUCAAUAGAUACACUCCUUAGCAGAAGCUGGCUAAGAUCAUCCUGGAACUUCAACUUUCCCAAUAUCAAAGAUGCGAUAAAACUAUGGACAAAUAAAGUGUGCUCUAUAUACAACUGGUGCCAGAACUGUAUGGCCCAGAGUUUAGAAAUAUUAAAAGAUACCAUCUUGCCAUCCCGUUUCUGCCACCGAGAACUUCACAGCCUAAAACAACGGUUUUGCAUUUUGGAAGGUGAAUUAUGCAAGCUCCGGGAAGCACUGAAGACUGUCUCAGAAAAUUCUUCAUGUCCAAGCUGUGGUCAGAUGUGUCACAUGAGUGGUAAACUUACACGUGUGCCUGCCUGUGUUUUCACUGCCCCUGGAGAAUCCAGAGCUGUACUUCCUCCCCUGCCGCCGCAGCCCACCAGCCAUCUUCUUCCUCCUCUGCCUCCCCCUCCCCCUCCUCCUUUGCCUCCACCUCCACCGCCAAUAGCACCUUUGCUGCUCAGAAAAUCCCAUCUCACUAAAGCACUUCAGACUGGACCAUUAAAAAAAGAUGGACCUGUGCAGAUAACAGUUAAAGAUCUACUGACUGUGAAAUUAAGGAAGACACAGAGCUUUGAUGAAAGGAGGAAGCUUGUACCCUCACCAAAGGCACGGAGUCCUCUAGUUACUGUCUCUGACCUGCAACGUGUUGCCCUUAAACCCAACUCCAAAAUGUUGUCAACUCGAGUCACAAAUGUCUUAAUUACUCCUGGAAAAAGCCAGAUAGAUUUACGGAAACUACUUAGAAAAAUUGAUGUAGAGAGGAGCCCAGGUGGGACCCCACUUACCAAGAAAGAAAAUAUGGAAACAGGAACUGGGCUGACUCCAGUAAUGACCCGGGCCUUGAGGAGAAAGUUUCAACUGGCUCACCCUAGAAGCCCAGUUCAAACUCUGCCACUUCUUACAAGCAGCUUCGAUGAACAAAACUGAUGCCAAAUUUGCCUGACUCCAUAUGAUGAUCCAUAAAAUAUACAGAUAAAAUCACGAGUCCUUUUUAAAAAAAUAUGUAGUAGGGUAUGACAAAUAAUUAUACUAAUAUAUAAUUCCAUUUGAAGAAUUAAAGUAUAUAUGGAGCCCAUACAUGCUGUGGUAGAAUAUAGGUAUUUGGAUAUUUUUUAGUUUGCACAAUGAAUAAGAAAACAGAUAGGAAAAUGUAAUCCCCAAAGUGAUGUUUAUCAUGGAAUUACCUAGUUUAGGUUGGAGAGGUUAUUCAAAUUUAACUAUAUAACUAAUCGGUGAUCUUUAAAUGCAGUUAUGACAUUAAGAAAAUAACCUGGUCCCCAUUCAUCUUGGGUAUUCUCAGGUAAUGGAAAAGUAUUUCUUUCAGCCUUGAAAUCUUGUGCAUUAAAUGCUACAGGCUUGGUUAUUAAAAAGACCCUCUAGAUUGGAUUUCUGUUCACUAUAAACAAUUUAAGAGGUAGGACCAUCCCCCAACUAUUUUCCAAAAGGAUUCAAAGCAAAACAUCCAAUGUGAACUUAAAAAUUAGAAUGUAUCAUUUCUAGCAUUUUAGAUAAGUAGUUAUACUGGCUCACUGAAGUCUGAGGUAUUCCUUGCUUGGAUAUAUGCUGACUAUAAAUUCAUACAGCUGAAUAUAAAUUUCACAAAGACCUCAGCACGAACCUUGUAUUUUUCACACUGCCCUGCCAAGCAUUCCCUGAGGUCCAUAGCAGAUGCACUGGGAGACAUGGUUCCCUGUCCUGAACAGACUGUCAAUUCAAUAACAGUAAUAAUGUACAGCUCACUGGUUUUUUGUUCUUUCCUGCCAGUCCAGGGUUGCCAGAUUUAGCAAAUGUAAAUAUAUCAAAUUGGAAUUUCAGAUAAACAACAAAUAACUUUUAAA